UUACUAGCCCAUGCUUUCUAAGACACUCCUCAACUGCUGAGACAGAUUCUGCAUCUACUACAGAAGAACCUCUAGUCUCACAUCAUGAACCACAACACUAUUCUUAUUUUCUGCCUCAUCUUUCUGACUCUGAGUGGGACUCAAGGAAUACCUCAUUCCAGAACAAUACGCUGCACCUGCAUCGAGACUAGUACUCAACCUGUUAAUCCAAAGUCCUUCAAGAAACUUGAAAUUAUUCCUGCAAGUCAAUCUUGCCCACGAGUUGAGAUCAUUGCCACAAUGAAAAUGAAUGGGGAGAAGAGAUGUCUGGAUCCAGAAUCUAAGGUCAUUAAGAAUUUACUGAAAGCAGUUAGAAAAGAAAGGUCUAAAAGAUCUUAAAACCAGACAGAAGCAAAAUCACUGCAGUGCUGAUAAAGAUGGAUCCCAGAGAUGCUGCUUCUGUACUUCCCUACAGAGUCUAUGUCAACUUCUUAUUGUCUCUGAUUUGUAGUUUUUCUGAAAGGUGACCAACCAGUCACCAAAUUAGCUGCUAGCACUCCUGUGAGAAUGUGUGUGUCAUGAUCCUGAGCUGAUAAUAUCUCUAGUAAUAGUGUUACUAGUUGUAUUACUAAAAGUUCUAAUAACCAGUAUUAACUCUGUCCUGGCACUAUACUAUAAGCUAUGCCAAGGUGCUACAUUCUUAAUAAGUGUGCCAAAUCCUAACACUGCUAUUGACUCUUUCCUCACCUUUUCUAUUUUCUAAGGGUUCUUAAGGAAUGUUUUACUUCUUGAUUUAUCAGACUUCUUUGACUCUCAAGUAGCUAAAAGGUAUACAAUCAGAGUGAUAAUCUAUUUUUUAAAGACCAAUCUGUAGUCUACUGCCAUCCUCUCUUUAAGAACAAUCUUUAUUAGCUUCUACUGUCAUCCUCCCAAGGACUCAUAUUCUUCAGUAAUUAUAUACAUACAAUUCCAAAUACCUACAGGAAGCUAAAUAUGUCUGAAAGUGUAUUUGUAAAUACUAUUUAAUGAAAGACUGUACAAAAUAGAAUUUUUUGUGUUUCUUAUACUGUUUUCAUUGUAUAUGAACCAACUUGUAUAAAUAAGAAAAAUGAGUAAUUGGAGAAAUUUUUAAAUCUAGAUAAAUGUUUUGUAUGUGCUAAAUGGUUUUCAAAAUAAAAAUUAUGUGCUGUGCUGGAAAUAUUAGAAAUGAUUAACUACUGAGAGACAAAAAAGAUAAUAAAUUAAUUAUAACUAAGACAAA